AUGUUAGCGUUGCCCCCACCAACUGCUAUUACGAUGAACAACACGCAGCUGAUCAACGACAUAUCAAAGGCUUGUAAGUUGGCUUUUUUCGCUUUUUUUGUGGAUUUAGGUAUUAAAUAACAUUUGGUCAAGGUAGACAAACCGUUGAACUUGUUCUAUCGUUAAUAUUGUAUAUUGAUGUAGAAAAAAUCGAAAAAACACAUAUUUAUAUAGUGUUAGCUGAUCAACAAUAUGAUUUUUUGUGAAAAAAAUAAAAAAAUCUUCAAAAAUUUUAGUACGUGAGCAUGUCUGUUUACUGCACGAAAUCGACUUACCAUGUACAACAUCAUGGGAGACAUUGCACCGGCUAUCGUCUGGUAUCCUGGAUAGACCUGACGUGAAAGCCGGCUUCUCUGAAGUCAAGAGCUUUCAGAAUGAUGAGGUCAACUUCUAUGUUCAUUGCCUGUAA